AUGUUUCAGCAUCUUCGUGCAAGCAGACAACUCAUCCUGUCAUUACGGGUUUACUCACGGAGUCUACCCACUGACUCUUGCCGUCAACUGUUUGGCUUUAUGUGUGAGCUAUACGCAUACCUCGUCCUUGCCAAUACUUUGACCCCGCAUGCUGCCAUCCAAGAACGCACCAUAGUCUUUGAUUCGUUCAUCAUUCACCUCGAUGAGAUUGGUGAGUCUGUCUAUCGCGGCAUUAUGCUUGGAGGCUUACAUGGCCUGUUGGAACUCAUACCGUUGAUCUCAGUAUUUGCUGCCAGUCGGUUGAGAGAAGAUGCUGUCGAAAGUGACAGCGUCGCACAAGAUAGGGGUGGUGCGGCAAAGUCUCGACCUGUCUUGUUGGACACGUACAGGAUACUUAAAGCUCGGAUAGACGGUUGGUCUUUGCCUCCCUUAUCGGAACAAGCAAGCGAUUCAAGCAUUGUCGCACCCACGACUUGCGCAGCAGCUAUCAGAAGUCGGUACAAAGAGUGCCGCAUAGCUGGAGAAGUCUAUCGCCACGCCCUUUACAUUUACCUGUCUUCUUCGAUGGCUGGCCAGCUAUGUACAGAUCAAGACGUUCGUGCCUCGCUCCACACGCACGCAUGCGCCAUUCUGGAUCUUGUCACGACCCUCUCAGAGCUAUCAUUUGAUUACACCAUGCUCUGGCCUGUCAUUAUCUGUGGCUCAUGCUUGACAUCCAAGUCACGCCAGGAUUUUCUGCUCGCAGCUCUUGACUUUUCUCGAUGCCACAUGGGUCAUAUGAAGACAGCGUCGAACUUGCUGAAGUUGCUGUGGGACGAUCCGGAUCCGAGGGCUUUUGGUUCUUAUGGAUUGUAUUUUGUUAUAGAAAAGUAUAAGAUCAACUUUUGUGCGAUAUGA